AUGAAGGCAACUCUCCCUGGCAAUAUGCUACCGUGUCCAAGAAUUUGCUCUGCAUGUGAAGAAAGAUAUUCCCGCAAACUGUAGCGUAGCGGUCAAUUGCGUGAGUUCGUUAACGCUCGUAUUCAAAAGAGUGCAAAUGGAGCAAUAGACACAGUAUGAGGCGUAUACGUAAGACAAACAGUGACUGAUAAGCAACGUUUCUGUUACGAAAAAGCAAAGAAAAGAAAAACAAGGAAUAAAUGCAGAAAAGAGCACUUGUCAGUUGCGUAGUUCUUCGCAUGUCUUUCGUUCCGUUUUAGCUGCUUCAAAUGUGAGCUUAAUCCCAGUACUAAUGCGGACCUGCCAACUCUUUUAUGUUCCAGACACCUCGUCGGUAGCUCCAAUGUUUGUGUCGGUGCAGGUAGAUGACGUGAGCAACUUUAACGAACGGAUAAUGCGUUUCACUGUGAUGAUGACAACCUAUAAUACCUACUGGGCCGGGUGCACCUGGUUGAAGAAAGCAUCAUACCCGUAUGCGCGGCUUCCUCCAGACGAUGAGGUCAUGAACAGAGGAUAUGAUUUGUCGGCCUUCAGACCGGACACGUUUAUUGAGGAAGCUGUCAACGUGCACGUGGUGCCCUCUAUGGAGAGGCUCGAGAACAUCUACAAAUACCAAGAUCACGUCAAUUUUUCCCAACUAAAGUACUGCUUACACGUCAUGAAAGCUAGGUUGAACGCCACUAUCGCCUGCUUGAUGAAUUUUCGUUACUUCCCUAUGGACACCCAGACAUGCACCGUGACCAUACGGAGUUAUGCAUAUCCUAAACACAUCCUGGAGUACAGGUGGUCCGGCGACAAUUUGCACUUAGACGAUGAUCGACUUCGUGUACCAGAGUACCAUGUUACCUUAUCCAAAGCUGAUCAAGCGCCAAGCAGUGAGAAUGACGGUGGGUGCUUUGCAAUAUACAAUGAGCUUCCAUACACACUUUUUUCUGAAUCACUUUUUGUCUUUCUUUGA